UAAAUAAUAAUAAAUUAUCAAUGGCUAAGUCUAAGAAUGCUACUUCUCAUCAUAAUGCCCGUAAACAUCACAAAAAUGGUAUUAAAAAGCUUCCAAAUCAAAGAUAUAGCACAUUAAAAGGAGUAAUUUUUAAUUUUAAUCAAAGUGCAAUUAAAGAUUCGCCAAAAAUAGAAGAUUUGCUAUUAAGAAUGAUCCUUCCAUUAAAAAGAAUAAGAGUCUUGAAACAAGAUUAGCCAAAAGAAAAGGAAAGAAAAAUAUUCAUUGAUCAUGACGUACACAUAUAAAUAUCAUACAUUAAAUUGCUUAACAUAU